AUGGUCCGCAUUGUUUCCUCUUCCGGUAGCGGAAGCUUCAACUCGUCAUCGCCCACAACCAUCUUCUCCAGGGCAAGAGAAUCAGGGAGUGAGUCAGAUACCGAGACCGACUAUAGUGACUCCGAGUCCGAGUCCGAGUCCGCAUUUCACGGUCAAGGUCCCGUUCCCGUAUUCGUACUCGUUCGAAACCGCGAAGAAGACACCACUCUCAUGCCAAACCUCAAAGGGCGUCUCACAAUCGUCAACGACGACGACAGCCACGGCCACACUCCGGCCUGCGGUCCAGAUCUCAAUCUCAAUCUGAAUCUCAAUCCCGAUCCCGAUCUCAAUCCCAUUCAAGGUCGCGAAGAGCCUCCUCUCAUUUUCGUCGUUCCCGUUCCCGUUCUCGCUCGUACUCGUGCUCAAAAUGCCAAUCUCAGUCCCCAGACUACAACAGACACAGCCAUAGCCAUAGCCGUAACCAUGGCCAUCAACACCGACAAGCAGAUUCAGACGCAGUCCUCCUCUCCAACCGCCUGCAAAACCUACAGAUCAGUAGCACAAAGAACUCGGAGUAUGAAACGGCGGGAUCAUACCGGUAUCUUCCUGCUGACAAGGGAAAGAGAUGGUCCGGUCCGCUGGCGAGUGAUGAGGAUUACGAUUAUGGUGGGCGUCCUGAGCCAGAAGUAA